AUGGCCAUGACCACCAUGUUCCCCGCGCCGCGAGAAGACGCCCAAAAGGACUGCCACGGUCCACUUCGUCCAUCCCGAGGACCGAAUCGAGCAGGGAAGGCCCGUACACUCGCCAUCGCCACCAUCUUCAUCUUGUACAUCGACGUCGUCUUCUACCUCCGGCCACCGCGGCUCCAUCGACGAAUUCGUCACCUCCACUGCAUCCCCGACCUCCUCGAGCUCCUCUUCCGACUCGCGAAGGUAACACGUACUGUUCGUGUGCAUUUUAGUAUCUCUACAUAUGAUGAUUAUGUUGAUUGUGAUGUGGUACCUAUGCAAGCAUGUUCCUUAUUACUUGGUAGACCAUGGCAAUUUGAUAAAAAUUCUGUACACCAUGGUAGAAACAAUCACUAUACUCUUGUUCAUAAGGAUAAAAAUAUUACUUUGCUUCCUAUGACUCCUGAUUCCAUUUUGAAAGAUGAUAUUAAUAGAGCUAAUAAAGCACAACAGGAGAAGAAUAAGAGUGAAAAUCAGAUUGUGGCAAAGAAUUUGAGCAACAAUUCUGAAAUUAAAUUGAAAAGUGCAUGUUUAUUUGCCACCAAAUCUGAUAUUGAUGAGCUAGAUUUCAGCAAAUCUGUUUGCUAUGCUUUUGUGUGCAAAGAGGCAUUAUUUUCAUUCGAGGACGUGCCUUCCUCUUUGCCUCCUGCUGUCACUAACAUUUUGCAGGAGUUCGCUGACGUCUUUCCACAAGACGUGCCACCGGGAUUACCGCCUAUUCGAGGGAUUGAGCAUCAGAUUGACUUAAUUCCCGGUGCUUCACUGCCAAACCGUGCACCAUACCGUACCAAUCCAGAGGAGACGAAGGAGAUUAUGCGUCAAGUACAAGAGCUUCUCGACAAAGGUUAUAUACGCGAAUCCCUUAGUCCUUGUGCUGUUCCUAUUAUUCUAGUGCCGAAAAAGGAUGGUACAUCACGUAUGUGUGUUGAUUGUAGAGGCAUUAAUAAUAUUACUAUUCGUUAUCGUCAUCCUAUUCCUAGGCUAGAUGAUAUGCUUGAUGAAUUGGGUGGCUCUACAAUAUUCUCCAAAGUUGAUUUACGUAGUGGAUACCCUCAAAUUCGUAUGAAAUUGGGAGAUGAAUGGAAAACAGCAUUCAAAACUAAGUUUGGAUUAUAUGAGUGGUUAGUCAUGCCUUUUGGGUUAACUAAUGCACCUAGUACUUUCAUGAGAUUAAUGAACGAAGUUUUACGUGCUUUCAUUGGACGAUUUGUGGUAGUUUACUUUGAUGACAUAUUGAUUUAUAGCAGAUCUUUGGAAGAACAUUUGGAACAUUUACGUGCUGUU